CCCCUGGCACCCGCUGCUCCGUUACUUUUAUAUACCGUUUGGCAUGCGAGCGGAGCUCGGCUGGCUGUCACUCUUCACAUGCUUGUUAGAAUGACGGGGUCAUUGUCGAGUAUGAAUGUGAAUUGAGACUCUCCUACCUCUGCGUUCCCCCUUCCCUUCGUUCUCAGGUCUUGCUCAUAUGUCGAGUUUGGUGAGAAUCUCGUUGGGCAAUCCAUCUUAUCGGUAUAAUCUCCACGACGAUCGCAUCUUGUCCUCCCCUCCCCAAUACCCAGCUCUGCCGUCUUAGUGAAUUCAUACCUCGCCUCACGACAUACGAUGUCCCAACUCGGCGAGAAGCCCAAGACGGCCAUCGUCGUCGGCGCCGGCGCCGGCGGCGUGGCCCUCGCCGCCCGUCUCGCAAAGGCCGGCUUCGCCGUCACCGUCCUCGAGAAGAACUCCUUCACGGGCGGCCGGUGCUCCCUCAUGUUUCAGGACGGCCACCGCUUCGACCAGGGGCCCUCGCUCUUCCUCCUGCCUCAGCUCUUCCAUGAGACCUUCAAGGACCUCGGCACCACCCUCGCCGACGCCGGCGUCGACCUGCUGCGCUGCGAAACCAACUACAACAUCUGGUUCCACGACGGCGAGCUCUUCAGGCACUCGUCCGACCUCGCCGCCAUGAAGACCCAGAUCGAGCGCUGGGAGGGCAAGGACGGCUUCGAGCGCUACCUCAAGUGGCUGAGGGAGGCCCACACCCACUACGAGAUCUCGGUGAAGGACGUGCUGCACCGGAACUUCAGCAAGUUCAUGGAUCUGGCCCGCCCCGGCUUCGUGAGGCACGUCGUGAACCUGCACCCGCUCGAGAGCAUCUGGAGCCGCGCGAGCAGGUAUUUCUGGACAGAGAGGUUGAGGAGGGUCUUCACGUUCGCCGUCAUGUACAUGGGCAUGUCGCCCUUUGACGCACCGGCCACCUACUCCCUCCUUCAGUACACCGAGUUCGCCGAGGGAAUCUGGUAUCCCAAGGGCGGCUUCCACCAGGUCGUGGCGGCCCUGGUGCGCAUCGGCGAGAAGAUGGGCGUCAAGUACCGCCUCAGCACGCCAGUAUCCCGCGUCCUGACGGACGGCCAAAGGGCGACGGGCGUCGAGCUGGAGUCGGGCGAGUCCCUCUCGGCCGACGUCGUCGUGGUGAACGCCGACCUGGUCUACGCCUACGGCAACCUCCUCCCCAAGACGCCGACCAUCACAGACUACACAAAGUCCCUCCGCAAGCGCGAGGCCAGCUGCAGCUCCAUCUCCUUCUACUGGUGCAUGGACCGGAAGAUCCCCGAGCUCUCCGUCCACAACAUCUUCCUCGCCGAGGAGUACCGCGAGUCCUUCGACGCCAUCUUCAAGCGCCACUCCCUCCCUGACCAGCCCAGCUUCUACGUCAACGUCCCCAGCCGGGUCGACCCCUCGGCCGCCCCCGAGGGCAAGGACACCGUCAUCGUCCUCGUCCCCGUCGGCCACCUCGCUGAGUCCAAGGGCGAGUCCGGGCUGACGACCGACCCGAAGCACUGGGACGACAUCGUCGCUCGCGCCCGCGCCGCCGUCAUCGAGACCGUCAGCGCAAGGACGGGCUGCGCGCCGCUGAGCGACUUCAUCACCCACGAGACCGUCAACACGCCCCUGACGUGGGAGGACAAGUUCAACCUCGACAAGGGCGCCAUCCUGGGCCUGACGCACGGGAUCUUCAACGUCCUCGCCUUCCGCCCGCGGACCCGCGCCGAAGGCCUCGAGGACGCCUACUUCGUCGGCGCCAGCACCCACCCCGGCACCGGCGUGCCCAUCGUCAUGGCCGGCGCCAAGAUCACCGCCGAGCAGAUCCUCGAUGACCGCGGCCUGCAGGUGCCGUGGGCCAGGGGGUUCGACGGCAUCCUGAAGCCGCAGAGCCAGUCGCCAGGUAACAAGAAGCUGGACAACGUGCGUUACGGCUACCAUUUCGGGUCAGAGGAGGUCGCCGUUCUUUCUGUCGGGCUUGUGCUGGCCCUUAUCUACUUUUAUUUCUGGCCUACCCUGCAGCCAUUGUUUUGCUAGGUUAAUGAUAUAUUGGUGAAAUGAUUAUGGUAUGGAAGGACCUUCUUGAUUAAUAUAGACUCACUUUUUCGAUUCACUACA